CGGGGAUUGGACGGCGCUGGGCGUGGGCGUGAAGGGGGGGCGUGGCCCGGUGGCGUCCGGGCCCAGGCGAGGUGAAACUGCGGGAGUUCCGGCGGGAGGCCCGUGCUGACGGCCCGCACCUUCACCAUGGCCUCGGCCGAGCUGGAUUACAGCAUCGAGAUCCCGGAUCAGCCCUGCUGGAGUCAGAGUAUGGAGGGGGAUUGGGAAGAGAACAGACAAGGUGGGAAGGAAGCUGGGAAGCAACAGCCUGUGGUGAUUCUCUUGGGCUGGGGAGGCUGCAGGGACAAGAACCUGGCCAAGUAUAGUGCUAUCUACCACAAAAGGGGCUGCAUUGUGAUCCGAUACACGGCCCCCUGGCACAUGGUCUUCUUCUCUGAGUCCUUGGGCAUCCCUUCACUUCGCGUGAUAGCCCAGAAGCUGCUGGAGCUCCUCUUUGACUAUGAGAUUGAGCGGGAACCUCUGCUCUUUCACGUCUUCAGCAAUGCCGGCGUCAUGCUCUACCGCUACGUGCUGGAGCUCCUACAGACCCACCAGCGCUUCCGCCAUUUGCAUGUGGUGGGCACCAUCUUUGACAGUGGUCCUGGCGAUAGCAACCUGAUAGGGGCCCUGAGGGCCCUGGCAACCAUCCUGGAGCGCCGACCUGCGGUGCUGCGCCUGUUGCUCCUGGCAGCGUUUGCCCUGGUGGUGAUCCUGUUUCACUUCCUGCUUGCUCCAUUCACUGCCCUCUUCCACACCCACUUCUACGACAGGCUGCAGGACUCAGGCUCCUGCUGGCCUGAACUCUACCUCUACUCUAGAGCUGAUAAGGUGGUCUCGGCCAGGGAUGUGGAACGUAUGGUAGAGGCACGUCUGGCUCACCAGGUCAUGGUGCGUGGAGUGGACUUUGUGUCAUCUGCGCAUGUCAGCCACCUCCGAGACUAUCCUACUUACUAUACAAGUCUGUGUGUUGACUUCAUGCAUAAUUGUGUCCAAUGCUGAGGUCCCGCUCCGGAAAUAAACGCCGACACCUCCCUUCAA